UUGAAAGUUCCAAAGCCAGCGUAAUUUUAUUUUACUUAGAGACAUAAUUUGAAUAGGCCCCAAAAAUUACCUCAUCUUUGAAUUCUGAAUACUAUGAAAGUUAAAAUCCAAAUAUAUGAUGAAGUAUCUUGCUGCAGUUCUCUACACAUAUUGUGCAAAUCUAAAUUUGUACAAUGUAAUGUGUAUCUGCAAUAACAUUUUCAAAAAAGAUUCUAUUAUUAUAAAAGUUAAAGUGUGCAGUUUCAUGUUUUAGUAUUUGUUUUAAUUAUUUGAAAAAUAAUUUAAAAUGCUUCAGUAGUGCAUGGUUUGUUAAUAUAUUGAAUUAUGUGUGUGUAUAUGUAUGUAAUGAAGCUCUAUAACUAUAUUAAUUAUCUUCCAUAAUUUUCUGUAAUUCGUACCAAUUAUGUUAUUUUGUAUUACUUUUCAUGGCUAUUUUUCCAUGUCUCAAAAGAAUCAAGGAAAUCAUUGUAAAUCUUCAGUAAUACUUUAAAUAUCCCAAAGUAUUUAUAUUUAAGCAUGAAAGCAUAUUUCAAACAGGAGGAAGAUAAAAAGAUUUUAUAAAGUCUCAUUUUAUCACUUAAUAAAGUGAUAAAAUUUGUUCAGCCUUUAUGUAAUAUUCACACAAUGUGCUAAGGUAUCAUAAAAAAGCUGAUUAUUGAAAAUUGAUGUUAUGAUAUCUUUUGGUACUUUCUGUCUUCAGUUUUUAAAGGAAACGGGUGUUUUAGCAAUAAUUUAAGUUCUCUAACUAAAAUUUGUAUUUAAUUAUAUGAAUUCAUACUAUUUUAAAAUGGUGCAGCAUUUUGGAGUUUUUAAUAAAUUAUUGGUAUAUGGUGAGUAUUUUUGGUAUGCAAGGCAUGUUGAUCAACAAUAGGCUUGCAGUUUGCAAAGGACACAUAACAGGAAAGGAAUGCUUUGCAACUUGAUUCUGUAUCAAACAUUUCUUAUAAACUGCCUAAUCUAUAAAGCUGAUUUCCAAGGUAAGUACAAUGAUAUUUCCCCACUUCAAGAAUAUAUUGAGGGGCUGGAGCGUGUCCAGAGAAAGGCAACGAAGCUGGACAUGGGGCUGGAAAACAAGUCUGAUAAGGAGCGGCUGAGGAAACUGGGGUUGUUUAGCUUGGAGGAGGCUGAGGAGAGACGUUAUCACUGUCUACAACUACCUGAAAGCAGGUUGUAGAGAGGUGGGUGUUGGUCUCUUCUCUCAAGUGACAGGCAAUAGGACAAUAGGAAGUGGCCUCAAGUUGCACCAGGGGUGGUUCAGGUUAGACAUCAGGAAGAAUUUCUUCACCUAAGGGGUUAUCGGUCAGUGGAACAGGCUGCCUAGGGUCACCAUCCCUGGAGGUGUUUAAAAGACGGGUAGUAGUGGACAGGUACAGUUGGACUCGAUGAUCUCAAAGGUCUUUUCCAGCCAAGCAAUUCUAUAAUUCUAUAUGGUAGAUGAAAACACAAUGGAAUUACCUUCUCUAGAAACCAUUUUUGUUUCAUGGUAUAUUCAUGUUUCAUGAUAUGGCAGUCUUGGUCAUACCUGUACCUCAGACAGAAUUUCCUUUUACACUACAAUACUUAUAUGUAAAAAUAAUAAAAAGAUUAUGUGAAAUACAUGCCACAGGUAUUUAAUUUCUGCUGCUCCCUCACAAACAAAGAAAAUGGUUUUGUCAAAAAGCAUGUACUAGAAACGUAAGAACCCACUGUUCAGUUAGACUGGGGAUCUGUAUUGUUUUACUGUUUGGCAGUUUUUAUGCAGUACACCUGUUGUUAAUAAUGUACCACCAGUGAAGGUUUCCCAUUGUUCUAGAUUUUUAGUAAAUUGCUGGUUCAAUGUAUUUCAUGAAAUAACAGCAUCAGGGUUGGGUUUUUUUUUGUAAUUAAUGCAUAGAACCUUUAUGUAACAAAUGCAAAUUCUAAAUAUCUCCUGCAUGCUUCAAACUAGGGAGAUGUUUGUUAAGUGAAUUUAAACAAUACUUAAGACACUCAGCUGUAGCUUUAAUAUCCUGCUCUUCUAAGCAUGAAAUUUAAAUGAGAAUUAGUACUGAAAGUGCAUGAUUUGGUUCAUAUAGCUGACCAGUUAGCAUCAGCUGUAUAGGAUUAUGUAGGAAAAAAAAUAGCUUUUAGAAUGUCUUCUAAACUGCUGGGUUUUGCUUGAUUAGUUUACUUGUUGAAUUUUCAGAAGUUUUCAUCAGCCUUGUCUUUGAGGGAUUAUUUAGUGUUCUCAUUUUUCUUUUCAAGAAAACAAACAAGCCUGACCAAAACCAAAAAAAAUUCUACCCAAAAGCCACAAAACCAAACCUUAGAAGUAUUCUGUGCAGGGUUUGUCUAGGAUAGAGUUAAUUUCCUUCACAGUAGCUCCUAUGGGACUGUGUUUUGGAUUUGUGCUGGAAACAGUGUUGAUAACACAGGGAUGUUUAUGGUUAUCGCUGACAUGUGCUGACACUGUCAAGGCCUUUUCUGCUUCCCACAGGUCCCACCAGCGAGUGUGCUGGGGGUGCAGAAGAAGCUGGGAGGGGACAUAGCUGGGACAGCUGACCCCAGCUAACCAAAGGGAUAUUAGGUACUGCAUGACAUCAUGCUCAGCAUAUAAAGCUGGGGCAAGAAGGAAGGGAGUGAUGUUUGGAUUUACAGCAUUUUAUCUUCCCAAGUAGCUGUUGCAUGUGAUGGACCCCUGCUUUCCUGGAGAUGCUGAGCACCUGCCUGCCAGUGAGAAGUGGGAGACAAUUUUAAAGAAGAACCCUGGACACUUGUUGACAACAGCAAAGCAAAAGAAAAAGCGAAAAAGAUACAGGAAAAUGAAAGACAAUCAUACAGAAAUCACAAAGCAAAAGUUAGACAAAGCAGCUCAUCAUCCAAUUCCAGAUAAUCAGGAAACAUCACACAGCGAAGAGGAUUAUUCAGAAGAAGAAAAGAGUAAAUCAUUGUGUGCAUUCAGUGAAAGUCCAAAGGAGCCGGUAACAGCCUGUGAAGAGCAGCCUGGUGGUGAUGAUGAAAGCCUAAAAGAAGCUGCAGUGUUAUCAAGAGAAAAGUCUCCCAUUGCUGUGUCUGAGGCCACAGUGAGGUCAAGCAGUGCACUGGAAAAUGAAUUACCUGUAGCAAGUGAUAGUUCACAUCUAAUAGAUGUAGAAGCCUUUUCUAAUGAAAACCUAAACAGAAAUGCAUUCAAUGAUGAGGAAACAAAUCAAAGACACAAGGAAAAUCUUUGCCAAAACAGUUUCCUAAAAGGGAACAAUGAUGAAAAUUCCAUCCAAGAAACAGAAGGCGCCUGUGAAGAUUAUAACAUGCUGCGGUUAAGCAUGGAAAACAAACUCGAAUCGUAUCAAAUUACUAAUGAACUUGAUCCGGAAGCUAAGCUGUUAAGUUUCAACAGUGAGGAAAAAGAAAUCUCUCAGUGUAACAAUUCAAACAUACAUGAUAACGUGCCUGAUAAUAAAACAGAGGACAAAGGUACAUUCAAAGGAGAAGAGAAUAUCUCCAGUGACUGGAGCUCCAAAAAUUUACUGACUGAGGAUUUGCAGCUGGGCUUUGAUACACAAGUGUCUUCUUGGUCUGAGGAUAAAUUUGUAGGUGAACAAAGACCCUGGGAAAUGAAUGAACCCGAACAGACUUGUACAAACAGUUCAACACCGCUAAACUGCUGUCUGUCAAAUCAAGGGUUGCUGAAGGAAAACCACCCUGUAACAGUAACUGAAGAGGCAGACAAUAUGCUAAGUAAUGGUCUAUCAGCAUCUGCACCUUGUGAAGUGCACUCUGAUUCCCUUGUGGAGGCCAGGGCCGGCUUCAUGCAGUGUUCGAGUGAAGUAAAUGUUCCAAUCAAUGGUGCUGCACCAAUUAUAUCAAAGGGGAAAAGAUGCAGAAGAAUUGUUAACCUGGCACCAAAAUUUAGUGUACCAAGACAGAUUGCUGGUAGUACAGAGGGAAGGAAGGAAGUCGCAAUAAAAGAUGAUGUUCCCCAAAAAAGUGUCCUGGAAGUUGAGCAAAAGAGCUUUCUAAGUAAGGACUGUGGAGAGGAAUGUGAGCAGACCCAUGCACUGCAAGAAAACUUUACACCUCACAGUGGCAUUGAGGCAACCUGUUCCUUACCCACCCCAGAUGCAGAUGCUCUGUUACAUGAUACUUGCCUUCAUUCAGAACCAUCUUUCCUUACGCCAAAAUAUUCCUGCAAGUUUUGUGUAGUUUCCAGGACGGAGGAGCAAGCCAGAACUCUUAAGCAGCAACAGGUAGUUGAUGAAAAAGAGAGCAAGAGUGAACAGCUUUCUUCAGAGGAUACAAAUAGCCAACCAGAUAUAUUGUCUUCUGUUGUUUCUGAAUAUCCAGAAGAUUCUAGUAUACUGGCAAGCUGUGGCGAAAUUGUGCACAAAGCAGAUGACCCUGAGCCAGCAGAGGCCUCACAACCUGAAGAUAAUCAAGAUGUGAAUAUGAAAUGUAGUUUUCUGGGACUUCCCUUAUCAUUAGGAUUCGCUUUUCAACUUGUGCAGCUCUUUGGUUCUCCAGGUCUUCCACUGGAAUCCUUGUUGCCAGAUGAUUAUAUAGUUCCUCUUGACUGGAAAGUUUCAAAGAUGAUCUAUUUACUGUGGAAGACCUCUGUGGAGGAGAAACAAAAAUCAGGUGGAUUGCAGAAUGGAGAUGCUAUGGCUGAUGAUAUUAUUAGUCUUGAAGAUCUAAAUAAAAAUGGCCAAGAGAACCAAGGCUCUUCUGAAAUACUUCCAGAAAUGGAGUUGUUUCAAGGAGUGAUGGAGGAGAACGUCAUGACCUCUGCUAGCACUGGCUGUCUGGAUGCUGUGUUUCAUCAGUCAUGAUUGACCAUCUUCAGUUCUGUGUGAAGGAAAAGAAAGUUAUCACUUUGAUUCUGACAUGGAAGAAAUUCACUUGGCCGCCAAGGAUUUUAAAAGUGAGAAAUAACCUGGAAGAAAGUAACAACUGUGGAUUUUUGGUGUGAAUCUUUGGCCAUCUACCAUCCCCUCAACCCCCUUGAUAUCAACCUCUCUG